AUGAUUCGCGUGCCCACCGAGGACGACUUCAAGGGCCUCGCGCCCGACGUCAACGUGGCCCUCCACUUCCCAGAUCCGCCGGCGUCCACAACGGCCAUUCUGCUCCUCUUCCACGGACUGGGCGACGCCGAGUCGCCGUUUGCCGCCUUUGCGCGCGCCGUGAAUCUUCCGGGCGUGCUGGCCAUUGCCGUGCGCGGGACGAGUGUCCUGCCGCCGAGCUUGGUGGCCGGAGCCGAGGCCGAUGAUUCAUCGCAAGCUUCGUUUGGCCACGGCCCGCAACGCUUCCACUGGGGCGACGACCUGCGCCUCGACGGCACCGGCCAGCUCGACGACGACCCGGGCUUUGACGCGGCCGUCCAGCGCGUCGACGGCCGGCUGAUCCAGGACGUGCUGGUGCGCGCGUGCGGCUGGCGCUACGACGACAUUUUGUUGUUUGGCUUCGGCCAGGGCGGGACGUUUGCUCUGGCGCUGGCAGCACGUGUGGCAGCACGGACGGCAGCCACGCCUCGGGCCAUUGCCGACAAGCCGUUCACAGGGACGACGGCUGCCUUCAAGGGCAUCGUGGCCAUUGGUGCCGCUGUGCCGUCGGCCGUCACGGGCGCGCCAACAUCGGCGCCCCGCCUUGCCACGCCUCUCCUCGUGUGCGGCGCAGCCGGCAGCGAGGCCGUGUCUGCGGAGAUACAAGGCCUGCUGCGGCGGCGGUUUGCGGCGGUCGACACAGCCGCGUGGCGUCGUCCCGACGACGAAGACAAUGGGAUGCCGCGCAAUCGAGCCGAGAUGCUGCCCAUUAUGCAGUUCCUCGCGAAGCGGCUGCAGCGGUGA